AUUCACUUAAUAUGCUCAAUUUCUUCUAUAUACCAAAUUCGAUCCAAACCCUUGUUCAUUUCCUCCCCAUUUCCAUACCAAAACACAGGCGAUUGUUGAAUUAGGUCAUAUUAUUUCUGAUCGUUAGAAUGGGGAAAGGUACAAAAUCUCACAGGAUAUUCAAGGAUCGGGCGAUGAAUCGUGUGGAUGAUCUUCAGGGGAUGUUCAUGGAUCUACAAUCUGCAAGAAAGGAGAGCCGUAAGAUCGAUAUGGCUUUACUUGAAGAACAAGUUCAUCAGAUGCUUAAGGAAUGGAAGAAGGAACUUAACGAGCCUUCCCCUGCAUCUUCUUUGCAGCAGGGUGCAAGCUUAGUGUCUUUUUCCCCAGAUAUAAGUAGGCUGUUGCAGCUGUAUGAUGAGGAAGAAGAUGAUGCAACCAGUGGUUUAGCUGCCCCAAAACCUGACCCAGAUGCCCAAAAUGCCCCUGAAGAUACUGCUUUUCACAAGAACUUUGUUGCAGCUCAGGUGGCUCAAGAACAAGGCUUUAAGUUGCUUGAUCAAUGCAAAUAUUUAGAUUCCCCUUUCGGGAUGAACACGACUGCAGUACAUAAUACGGGUGUCGAUGCUCAACUUGAUCAUUUUUCGUUUGAUUUGCCGCGUGAAUUUGAGGAGAAUUGUGUCAGUCGGUUUUACGGCAUGUGGGGUGAAGAUGGUUCGCAUCCGAUCACCGGCUUUCUGCCCAAUAUUUGCCCUCCACCUUCGGCUUUUCUUGGACCAAAAUGUGCCCUUUGGGACUGCCCUAGACCCGCUCAAGCCUGGUGUUUCGAGAGGGCGGUUCAAUGGUGGUGCAACAUUUAUUGCAGCCAUUUGCAUGCUGCAAUUGCUCAAAACGAAGGUCAGCCAGGGAUGAACCCGAUUAUACGACCUAAAGGCAUCGAAUUGAAGGAUAAUUUGCUUUUUUCCGCACUUUGUGCCAAGGCGCAGGGGAAAAACGUCGGUGUUCCCGAGUGCGAAGGGGCCGCCACUGCAAAAUCGCCAUGGAAUGCUCCUGAGCUAUUUGAUCUCUCGGUUUUUGAGGGAGAAACGAUAAGGGAGUGGUUGUUUUUCGACAAGCCACGAAGGGCGUUCGAGAGUGGAAACCGAAAGCAAAGAUCGCUCCCGGAUUACAACGGGCGGGGUUGGCAUGAAUCAAGAAAGCAAGUGAUCAAUGAAUCGGGAUGGCUGAAGAGAUCGUAUUAUAUGGAUCCGCAGCCCAUGAAGUUUCUCGAAUGGCAUCUUUACGAGUACGAAAUCAGUAAGUAUGAUGCUUGUGCCUUGUAUCGGUUGGAAUUGAAGCUCGUGGACCGGAAAAGGAGUACAAAGGGAAAGAUUGGCGACGCCUCGCUUGUCGAUCUUCAGAAACAAAUGGGAAGACUUUCGGCCGAGUUUCGAUUGGAGAACAACAAACGGUCGGUUAAAGGGAGGGGAAGAGCCUCGGCAACGGUUUACCCUGCUUCGAGCCAAACCGCACCUACAACGGAUGUCGUUGAUUAUGGAGCAAAUGCGGGAUUCAACUAUCUUAUGGAGGAUCUCGGUGGCUACUACUUAACAUAGUCGGAUGACACUACAACAAAAUUGAUUUUAUAAGAUGUUGAAGUGUUAUAAUAAACUGUUUAACAGGAAUUGAGUUUAUAGGAUCAAACAAUUAUGCGACCUAUAUAAAGGUGUUAUAAUAUGAUAUUAGGAUGUAUUUGGGCAUUGUUUCGAGUUUUUACGACACUUUUGAAAUAAAAUGCCGUUU